AUGUUUGAUCUCAUAGUCAAGAAUGGCCGCAUUGUCACGGCCAGCGAGGUGCUCCCGUUUGGUAUAGAAAUCGGGGUCAAGAAUGGAAAGAUUUCUGCUCUAGGAACUGAUCUGGAAGCAGCAUCCGGCACAGAAGUGGUUGACGCAGAGGGAGCAUACAUAACACCAGGAGGUGUGGACUCGCACGUCCAUAUCGAACAGGACAACUCCCCUACAGGAGAUACCUGGGAGACUGGAACGCGGUCAGCUAUCGCUGGCGGAAACACGACGGUGAUCGCAUUUGCGUCGCAGAAGCGUCACGAGGACAGUAUAUGGCCGGCGCUCGAUGCCUACCACAAGAAGGCCACGGGAAAUUCGUUCUGUGACUAUGGCUUCCACAUGAUUGUCUCGAAUCCCACCGACAAGGUCAUUGACGAGGAGCUCCCGGAGCUCCUCAACAAGGGAAUUUCCAGCAUCAAGAUCUACAUGACCUACGAGCCGCUAAAGCUCGGUGAUGGCGACAUCUUCAGUAUCAUGAUGCAGACACGCUCCCUGGGUAUCACCACCAUGAUCCAUGCCGAGAACAGUGACAUGAUUGAGCAGAUUACAAAGCGCCUGGCCUCUCGUGGCAACACGCAGUCACACUUCCACGCUGUGGCACGCCCUCAGAUAGCGGAGAGCGAAGCCACGUACCGCGCCAUCAAGCUGGCCGAGGUGACAGACACGCCGAUUCUGAUAGUGCACAUGUCCUCACCCGAGGCGAUUGGGCACGUCCACCGAUCGCAGCGCCAGCUCCUGCCCAUCCACGCCGAGACGUGCCCCCAAUACCUGUACCUGUUGAGUGACAAGCUGCGCUCUGGCUCGGACGACUUUGAGGGUGCCAAGUAUAUCUGCGCACCACCUCUCCGUCAUGAUGCGAGGGACCUCGAGUACCUCUGGCAGGGACUCGCCAACGGCACCUUCACAGUCGUGUCAUCGGACCAUGCCCCCAGCACGUUCGAUCACCCCUGCGGCAAGAUGAAGGGGAUGAUGGCCGUAGAGGGUAGCUCCGAGCCCGGCGCGGAUUUCCGCAGCGUGCCCAACGGCUUGCCUGGCAUGGAAACUAGACUUCCGCUCUUGUUUCAUCGGACGGCGGAGCCUCCCAACAAACCCGACACCAGAACGGAGGCCAACUCCAUGGUCCGCAUCUCCCUUCCCCGUUUUGUGGAGCUCACGUCGACGAAUCCUGCCAAAUUGUACGGCCUGGGUCAUCGCAAGGGAAGCUUGCAGCCCGGAUUUGACGCUGACAUUGUCAUCUGGUACCCGGACGACGAGAAUGCUAAGGGGAGGACCGUGAUUCGCAACGUGGAUCUGCAUCAUCGCAUCGAUUACACACCCUAUGAGGGAGUAGAAGUCCGCAACUGGCCCAGGCUGGUAUUCCUUCGCGGGAAACUGGCUUGGAACCGUGACGACAAUAGUUCCCACCAGCUCGGUAAAGGCGACGGCGAGUUUCUCGAGAGGCAGACAUCGGCUGUCUUGACCGGUCAGGUGGGCAGGACGGCUAUGGGAAUGAGGGACGGGGAGUGGGGAUAUUGGCUGUAG